AUGAAAUCGUUUGCGCUUCUAGUUGCUCUGUUCGCUGUGGCCAGCGCCAACAUCGACAUCGAUUGGUCGAAGGUUCGACCGAUCGAGGAGUUCGAUCACUACUGGGCCCGUCUGCCGGCGGAGAUGCAGAUCUACCGUAAGAUGAUGCCAUCCCACCGUAUCGUCAAUGGUCAGGAAGCGACGCCCGGCCAGUUCCCGUACCAGAUCGCGCUGCUGAGCAGCUUUGCGGGUGGUACCGGUCUGUGCGGAGGUUCCGUCCUCACCAACAACUACAUCCUGACUGCUGCCCAUUGUGUUCUGUCUGGUACAACUCCGGCUACCGGAGGUACUGCCAUCCUGGGUGCCCACAACCGUAACGAUGUGGAACCUACCCAACAGCGCAUUGCUUUCACGACUGCCGGCAUCAUUGCCCAUCCGGCAUACAAUCCAGCCAACAUCCGCAACGAUAUUGCUGUUGUGCGUCUGAACUCUCCGAUCGUCUUCAACGACCGUGUCCAACCUAUUCGCCUACCAGCUCGCUCGGAUACUCGCCAGUUCGGUGGAUUCACCGGAACCGUGUCCGGAUUUGGUCGUACCACGGAUACUGGAGCAACUUCUCCUGUAGUGAUGUACACCACCAACCCGGUCAUGACCAACGCUGACUGUAUUGCUCGCUGGAACACUGCCCUGAUUCAGCCCCAGAACGUGUGCCUGAGCGGUGAUGGUGGUCGCUCGGCCUGCAAUGGUGACUCCGGUGGUCCGUUGGCUGUCCGCGAAAAUGGAAGCCUCCAGAUCGGUGUCGUGUCGUUCGGAUCUGCUGCCGGUUGCUCGGUCGGUAUGCCAUCGGUGUACGCCCGUGUAUCGUUCUUCCUGGACUGGAUCGAGGCCAACUCGGACUUCACUGCUGACGCUUGAAAUGUUUAAAAUAAAGACAAUUUUUUUUU